AUGAAUGGCAUCAGAGCAGAUGCCGGCGUGAUCUGGGUGGAUCUCACGAAGUUCGGGAGACUCCAAAAUGAUGAUAUGAACAAUGUGGUGGAUGUUGUCAGGAACUUGCUCACCCACAGCCCGAAGACCAUGCCCAAACACUUCUUCCAAAGGCGGUUGGAGGACAAGUGCGAUGCAAAAUUCCUUACGAAUGUCAGCAUCAACAUCCGCAUGUGUGAGCCCCACACCAACCGCAAGCAGGCGUUGCUCUACCCGGCCUUGGUUUGCUUCUCAGGAAGCGAUUGCAUCUUCGAGGUGUCCAAGCUGGUCGUGGACAGGUGCAACAGAGAUGCGGUGCAAUGGCUUCCUGAACGAGAGUACAAAGUUCCAACACGUGGCAAGAAUGCCAUCCCCUCCACGAGAGAGGACUUGGAAAGGUCUUGUUCAGAGGUGCAGGAGGCAGCGCAGCAUCUUGGUGGCCUCCACAUGCCCACUAUUGUCAUCGGAGCUCUGAUGCAGGAUGUGGAGGAGAUCACUUCGAGCAGCAAGGUUGCUGUGGUGAAUCUCGCACCCUAUGAUGGGAUGCCAACCUAUUCGUUUGGUGACCAGUUCAUCUUUGUCAAGUAUUGCGAGCGCAUGGUGGCGCAGUACCUCCUGGAGGAUUGGAAGACAGGGCGCAAUAUCAUUGGUGCGGCCCCCUACAAUGAGGCCCUUGCAAGUGCUGCCGAGAGUGAAACCCAAGUCCCAACCUUCCACUAUGGUGUUCUCAACUAUGUGGAUGGCAAACCGAUGUUGGCCUUGCCGCCCUCCAUCCGCACAAAAUGGUCCCAAGACCUCAGCCGGAAGGACGACUGGGCAGAGUGCUUGGCAAAGGUGCACACCUCAUCAGCGCCUGCUGAUGAGCCAGCAGCCGUGGGAAGUACAACAGAGCCCAGCGGGGCCGAGGGUGAUUCUUCAAUUUGGCAGUCAGAACCCCGAACCCUGGACGAGUUGGACUCCCGCUACGAGGUAGUGAGUACAUGCCCUGGCCGCAACCCACAGACCCUCCUGCGAAUUGUCAAUGCGAAAGAGAAGGGCCAGGACGAAACCAAGGAUGUUGUCAGCGGGCAAGCUCACAAACUCUUCUUGGUUGCCAAUGCCGAUGUCUCUGUGCCAGCCAGUGACUUCCAGUUGGCUCACGAUCGAGCCACCUUCCUCGCCGGAGCUAAAGUUCAGAGGCUUCUGGAGUCAGGAGGCUGGUUGCGGGUAUGA